UCGGUCCUCAAGGACCAGCCGGAAAGCCUGGUCCAGAAGGUCUUCGGGGCAUCCCUGGCCCUGUGGGAGAACAAGGUCUCCCUGGAGCUGCAGGCCAAGAUGGACCACCUGGUCCUAUGGGACCUCCUGGCUUACCUGGUCUCAAAGGUGAUCCCGGCUCCAAGGGUGAGAAGGGACAUCCUGGUUUAAUUGGCCUGAUUGGUCCUCCGGGAGAACAAGGGGAGAAAGGUGACAGAGGACUCCCUGGAACUCAGGGAUCUCCAGGAGCAAAGGGGGAUGGGGGAAUCUCAGGUCCUGCUGGUCCCAUAGGUCCACCUGGUCCUCCAGGCUUACCAGGUCCUCAAGGCCCAAAGGGUAACAAAGGCUCUACUGGGCCUGCUGGCCAGAAGGGUGACAGUGGUCUUCCCGGGCCUCCUGGGCCUCCGGUAAGUGUAUGUUAACAAGAGUGAUGUUCUGAUAAUUCACAUCUAGAGACUGCCAAUGAUUUCUCUGAAUUUAUAAGACAGACAAAAAAGCACAUUCUGUCAAAAGUGCUGAUUUUAUAGGAAGUGGUAACUAUAUCAAUUAUGUAAUCAAGUCUACAUGCCAAGACUUAUCUUUUAAUUGAUUUCACUCUUUAAAUAUAAAGAUACCUUAACCAUAUAUUAUAAUAACCUUCUUUUUAUUAAUUUUUCAAGACAAU